CACUAGAGAACAAACAACAACUUGCGGUCCAAAAGCCUCCUCUCUCCGAAAAUCUUCAAAUACACCCGAUACCCAAUUCCAAGCAAAUAUCUCAGAGUCAGCUUUACUACAAUUUCUUGUUUACUCAAUGCUUCGCACUGGUUUUCACAGCAACACGAUUAGCUACACCAGUGAGCAGCUGAGAAAUGAUAUCUUUAAUACAAGUCCGAACCCCAAACCCAAAGCUUGCCUUUCUUUCAAGAACGAGAGUACCCCUUUAUCGGAUUGAACUGUCUUUUCCUCAGAAGGUUUUCUUUUGCCGAGCGAAGUAUUCUGAAUCCGAGAUAGAUGGUUCUUUUAACUUAAGGGUGGUGCCCUCAAACCUUGUAGCUGCAGAAAAGGAAGAAGCAAAGGCUGUCUUGACAUUGUUUCUGAAGAAACAGGGUUUAAGCAAUGCUCUUUCAGCAAGAGUUAUCAACAAAUCAGAGCCUUUUAUUGAUCACCUUGUCUCGCGUCUGCAUUCUGUUCACAAGUCUCGCUACCUCGUAGGACGAGAACUAACAACUCUUGAGAUUAGGGAUGCUCUCAUUCCAUACCUUGAGGCCCUCCACGAGGAAUAUGGAAGUAUUCUAGUGGAUGUUGUGGAGAGCUUUCCGAACCCACCUGUUCUGGAAAAAAUAGAAGAAACUAUUGAAAAAGUACCUCUUCCUGUCACACCAGCUUCACCUCCUAGUGCUGUCCUCGACUCCAAGAAGCUGAAGGCUCUGGCACGAGUCAGUGAUAUUGGACCGACUGGAAAGCUUCCUCCACAUAUUUUAUACCUUGUUGAGCUGGGUAUGGACAUUGAAACGAUUAGAGUAAUCACACGCAAGUUUCCUGCUUUUGCCUACUAUAGUCUUGAGGGAAAAAUCAAACCAGUUGUUGAGUUUCUCCUUGAUCUAGGAGUGCCAAGAUCACAGAUUCCAACCAUUCUCAGCAAAAGGCCUCAACUAUGUGGAAUUAGCCUCUCAGAGAAUUUAAUUCCAACAAUGGCAUUUUUGGAAGAACUGGGCGUUGAUAAAGAACAGUGGGCUAAAGUAAUCUACCGUUUUCCUGCACUUCUCACUUACAGCAGGCCGAAACUGAGAGCAACUGUAGACUUUCUUUAUGAAAUGGGUUUAUCUGCUGAGAGUGUGAGCAAGGUUCUAACCAGAUGUCCGAACAUCAUAAGUUAUAGUGUGGAGGACAAGCUAAGGCCUGCAACUGAGUACUUCCGUUCAAUGGGGGUUGAUGUUGGAGUUCUUCUUUACCGAUGCCCUCAAACUUUUGGUCUUAGCAUUGAGGCUAACGUUAAGCCUGUUACUGAAUUCUUCAAGGAUAAGGGAUUCAAUAUGGCAGAAGUUGCCGCAAUGGUGUCAAGAUACGGUGCUCUAUAUACUUUUAGCUUGGCUAAGUUGAUCUUAAAAUGGGAUUUCUUUCUGACCAUGGGUUAUCCAAGAGCAGAAUUGGUCAAGUUUCCUCAGUAUUUUGGUUAUAGUUUAGAAGAGAGAAUCAAGCCCAGGUUCGCCAUUAUGACUCAGACGGGUGUAAGGUUGUUACUGAACCAGAUGUUGUCACUGUCGGAGGAUGCUUUCAAUAAGGCUUUGAAGAGAAAAUUGAAGAAAUUAUUAGAUAAGUAGCCAAUGAUGGCCUGUGGAGAUUUUGGCAUUUAGAUUUUCAAGUCCAUUGAGCUAAAAGUUAUGGUUUUCAGUUAUUGCUAGAUGAAGAUAGCAGUGUUAUGUUUAUAAGAAGUUGUCUCGAUGGAUGCUAGGGAAAUUUGUUUCCUCUUCUCUUGAUGAAUCUUAUUGAGUGUAUGGACAUCUAGAAUGCCUGGUAUACAACUGUAUAGACUGAUAUUUGUAGACUAGCUCUUAGGCGACGUAUUUUAUCUGUAUUUUGCACUCUAGUAUAGUUGGUAUGUCCAACCACAUUGUGUUUAUAGGUUAGAAUAUGAUGCAAGUUUUGUUGACAGGAUUUAUUUGCAGUCAUCCAGGUUCUUAACAAAGUGAUUGCUCUUUGGGAGAUCAACACUAUUUGUGAGGACAAUAUGGCUUUCGACAGAAUCCUUUGCUGGAGCUAUGUUUUCUUUUAUUCAUAGAAAAUGUAACACUUCUUAGUCACUGUUUAGUUCAGUUAGUUA